AUGGCUAAAAGAGAGGUUUUGGUGAUGUGUUACUGGAAUGGUUGUAUCAAGUAUGGUCCUGAUGGUGUAUACUAUGAAGCAUCAACUCCUAAGAAGAUCCGUGUCAAGGGAAAGACUGAGUUAAGCAGAUUGUUGGAUAGGCUUUAUCUGAUUACUGGUUCAGAUAAGCAAAGGUCGAAGCUUGACAUAUUUGGUAAGUACCCUUUUGCUGUUUCACCCAAUCUGUAUACGUACGUAUAUCUUCCCGUGGUGAACGACACUGUUUUGGAGACAAUGCUUGAGGUUCCAAGCAAACACCCUUCUAUCAACACUGUGGAGUUGUAUCUGGAAGUGAAACCAACUUCUGAUGAUGUUGUUGAUCCUGCUGCUGCUUAUUCAUCGCCCUUGGAUAGAUCCUGUAGUUCAUCGAAGAGGCAGAGAACCCAACCUCCACCUGUUAAGUUAGAGAGGGAUAAUGAAGAUGAGGCAAAUGCUGAAUUUGGAAAUGGUAGCACUCAUGGAACAAUGGCGCUGGGGGUUAAUUCAACAGGCUUAGAGGCGUCGGCAAAUGAAUGCUUGAAUAAAAGUGUAGGUUCAAGUGCUUCAAAACCAUUGUCUCUGUCUAGUUUGUGGGUUGAUGAUCAUGAACUACAUGCAGGGUUGUGUUUCAAAGAUAGAGAUGAGCUGAAGAAGGCGGUGGAAUGGUUCUCCAUUAGAGGGCAGCAAAAGUUUGUUGAGCAAGAGACCAAGAAGGAUGAGUAUACGUUUGAGUGCAUCAGAUGGAAAUGCAAGUGGUCUCUUUAUGCAGCUAGAAGGGAAGAACAAGGGGAAUGUGUUGAGAUAACCAAAUACACUGGUCCACAUACUUGUAGUCCUAAAGAUUUCGAAGAAGAGUUUUUGGCGGAAGAGAUUGAACGUGUAGUCAGGGUAAAUCCCACUCUAUCAGUUUCAGAGUUGAAGAAGUGGUGGAAAGAAAAAACUGGCUACAAGGUUGAAACUUCGGAGAUGAAGGAGGCUAAACUGGAAGCGUUACACAAAGUAUGUGGAGAUUGGGAGCAGAGUUUCAGAACAUUGCCCAAGUUGAUGGCUGCGUUACGGUUAUCUAACGGGCUAGUUGUGGACUGGCAGUAUGAUCCUUUUCCUAAUCCUGAAUUUGCAUCUUUCCGCGGUGUGUUUUGGGCGUUUUCACAGUCCAUUGAAGGGUUCCAACACUGCAAGCCUCUGAUCAUAGUGGGCACUAAAGAUUUGAAGGGUAAGUACCCUAUGAAACUGAUGGUUGCCUUGGGAACUAACGCUGACGGUAUGUAUUUCCCUCUUGCCUUUGCGGUUACCAAAGAAGUGUCCUUAGAUAGUUGGCGUUGGUUUUUCAGUGGAAUCAGGGAGAAGGUUACACAAAGAAAAGGCCUUUGCCUCAUCUCCAGUCCUCACCCGGACAUACUCGCUGUUAUUAACGAACCGGGGUCUCGUUGGCAAGAACCCUGGGCUUAUCACAGAUUCUGUCUUUAUCAUCUGCGCUCCCAGUUCCACGACAUUUUUAAAGAUGGCAAUUUGUCUUCCCUUGUGAAGAAGGCUGGAUCCACGGAUCAGGAGGACGAAUUUGAUUCCCACAUGGACACCAUUAAAAAGGAGAACAUAGAAGCUUGGCGAUGGUUGGACAAAAUGGCUCCACAUCAGUGGGCUCUUGCUCAUGACGGUGGUCGGAGAUACGGAAACAUGACUACAAAGAUAAACAGUUUGGUUUGUGAAAGCUUUCAGUCUGUUGAUCUAGGUCUUCCAGGGGCUGCAUUGCUUCUGUUUGAUGACCUGAGAUUAGAUUUUCAAAACUGUCUUAGUAAUAGCCUUGGUAGGCUUAAACGCGGAGGAAUGUACACCAAACCUGUCACAGACAGGCUUGAAGAGUUCAGGACAGCUUCCGUUACGUACGUUGUAAUGCCACUAGACAAUAAUGCGUUUCAGGUCACAACACCGUUGCUAAUAAAUGGAUGGAUUGUUGAGCUUAGCAAAUGCACCUGCACGUGUGGGGGGUUUCAAGAGGACAAGUUUCCAUGUCUGCAUGCUCUAUCAGUCUUAUCAGCUUGGCCGGAAACUUCUGCAAUUCCGACAUUGUUUCCUCCGGUCAUUCUGCCACCGCCCCCUUCGACUAGCUUGUCAGGAAAAGGAGAAGACGAAAUCAAGAAGUUCAUUGACAUCCUUGAGGGACUUGCUGACAAGUCCAAGAAGUGCAUGUAUAAAGUUGAUGAUCCAAGAUGA